CUAGACAACAAAUCCAACCAUAAAUUUUCCCAACUGCUUAAAACAUUAACAACAAAUCAAGAAUCAAGAAACCAAGAAAUCAAGAAUCAAGAACCAAUCUUUUCUUUGAUAAAAGCAAAAAAUUACAGACAACCCCUUUUAACGGUGGAGGUUCAGUAAUUUAAACCCACCUUUCUCCAUCCGUUUUCCACUGUUUGUGAUCUUAUUAUUGACAUUACCAUAAUUGCUCCCUCUUUUUAUUUAUUUCUUUAAUUUUAGGGUUUAUUGCAGCACUACUGACACAACUGCAAUCUAAACUUUUUGAGCUGCAAAGAAACCCUAGAGCUAAGCCCUUCUUCUGCUACACCUCUGCCACACUGUUUGUUUUUACUGUGUUGUUCAUUUACUACCUUAGCCCUUCCUAUAAAACACCCCCAAGAAAGAAACUUCCACUUUGUCCAUUUUUUCCCUUUGCAAUUUUGCCAAUUCUUCACUCACCCAUUUUUUCUCCCCUUUAUUCCAUUCCCUUACUUCCUCAAACCCUUUUCAUUUCACUUCUUUCUUGGGCUUAUUCUUCAUUGCUUCAUCUUUCCUCUGAAACUAAAAAGACUCCAUUUUUAUACAUAUAUAAUUUUUUUUUUGGUUACUGACAUGAAAAAGAUCAGAUUUUUAAGCUUCCCAAUUCUUGUUUUCUUCAUAAUUCAUCUGUACGGAGCAUGCAUUAACGGUGAAGAUGAAAGUUUAGUGGUGGCUGCUCCGAUGAAGAAAACAGAGCAAGAUGCUCUGUUUUCUGCUAUUCAGGGUUUUGUUGGCAAAUGGUGGAAUGGUUCAGAUCUUUAUCCAGAUCCCUGUGGCUGGACUCCUAUACAGGGUGUUUCUUGUGAUCUAUAUGAUGGAUUUUGGUACGUGACCGAUUUGAGCGUAGGCCCGGUUCAUGAAAACUCACUCAGCUGUGCCGAAAAUGUCGAAUUCAGCUCUGAUUUGUUUUCACUAAGGCAUCUCAAAUCCCUUUCCUUCUUCAACUGCUUCGUUUCUUCUUCGAACCCCGUUUCGAUUCCUCCUCAGAAUUGGGAUUCUCUUUCGGCUAGUCUACAAUCGCUGGAGUUUCGAUCCAACACCGGCCUAACGGGGGGCAUUCCCGUGAUUUUCGGUCACCUCACGAAUCUCGAGUCUUUAGUGCUAACCGAAAAUCGACUAACCGGCCAACUACCGAACAUUCUUGGCAAGUUGAUCAACUUGAGGCGAUUGAAUCUCGCCGGAAAUUCGUUCGAAGGCCAAGUUCCGGAUAGUUUAGGAGGGCUUAAUCGUCUUUUGAUUCUCGACAUGAGUAGAAACCAACUCACCGGAAUUUUGCCCUCAAGUUUCGGAGGGUUGAAUUCACUAUUGAAGCUCGAUUUGAGUAACAACAAAAUCGAAGGAAAAAUCCCGCAAGAAAUCGGAAAUUUGAAAAGUUUGACACUUUUGGACUUGAGCAAUAAUCGAUUAUCCGGUGGAUUGACAAAAUCAAUUCAAGAAUUGAGUUCUCUGCAAGAAUUGGUUCUUUCGAACAACCCUAGUGCAGGUGGGGAUAUAAUGAGCGUCGAGUGGAGGAAUCUGAGGGGGCUAACUGCAUUGGACCUGUCAAAUAUGAGCUUGACAGGUGGCAUACCGGAGUCGAUUUCCGAGCUGAUAAUGCUGAGGUUUUUGGGGCUUAAUGAUAAUAAGCUCACGGGGAAUAUUCCGUCCAAGAUUGCUAGUUUGCCGAAUGUGGGCGCGGUGUACAUUCAUGGGAACAAUUUAACGGGGGAGAUUAAAUUUUCGGAGUGGUUUUACGGGAAGAUGGGCAGGAGAUUCGGUGCGUGGGAUAAUCCGAAUCUUUGUUAUCCCGUUGGAUUGAUUGAGAGGAAGGAUAAUGUGCCGGUUGGGGUGAAACAAUGUGAAGAGGAAGUUAUGAGAUUGUAUGAUUCCAAUUCCAAUUCCAAUUCCAAUUCCAAUUCCAAUUGGAAUGGGAAUGGGAAUAGUGAUUCCAACCGAAUUGGUUCUUGUUUGGGAUUAGUUUUGGUGGUUGCGGCAUUGAUGGUUCUAUUCUUUAACCUUUCCCUUUAAGUGUAGCUGGCAGAACUUCUAGUGCAGGAAAAAAAAAAAAAAGAAAAAAAAAACCGAAUCUUGAUAUUCGGGGGAUUUGAUGUUUCUACAUAUUGUGUACUUGUUGUAUAUGUAAAUUCUAACAAUUCUGUAUCGAAGGUGAACUCGUUGCAUUUCUAACGUUAAACCACUCGAUCGAGGGGGGCUGGCUUUAGAUUUCCGAGUUACGCGAUUAAUUAAUUAUAUAUAUAUAAUCUUAUUUCAUAUUU